AUGUCGACCCAGAUAACGACCGCCAAGCGAAACCCCGGGAAUUCAAUGGUGUCUACCUGGCGCCAUGACCGAUCUCAGUGGCAAUUAUGGCACUGGAUGAUUGAAAUUCUUGGAUUACACCUCGUAGAGCUUGAUAGAGAAGUGCCAGUCUUCUCCAAAAAAGACAAAAUCCACGCUGUUCAAGAAUGGACACUCCAUGUGUGGAUUCUGGUACACGCUGCGAUCCCACUCGUUCUUCACCACGCCUACACGACUUAUACUGGCAAAAAUCUCAGUUUUUUUGCCGCCUUCGCGUUAUAUUCGAGUGCAUUCAAGUUGAACGGAAUUCACGAAAUGCACAUCAUGCGCCGCCUUGGUCAACGUUAUGGUUUCUUGGAUGGUGACAAGCAUGCACGCGACGAUAUUCCCGACGUUGGAGUUGGCAAAGUCAUGCGCGAACUCAUGUCCACUUCGACCUUCCGCAUGAUAAUGGCCAUCUAUCUCACCUAUCAGCCAAGUGAAACACCAGCAACAAUGGAAUGGGGAUGGCUGCCUUUAGAGAUAGGCCUCUACAGCAUCACGGUGGAUUUUUGGUUCUAUUGGUAUCACCGAUUGAUGCAUUCGGUGGGACCAUUGUGGAAGUUCCACCGUAAGCACCACCUAACGAAGCAUCCCAAUCCCCUGCUCUCUGCCUACGCGGACCACGAGCAAGAGUUCAUGGAUAUCACUGGCGUCCCGCUUCUUGCAUAUACGACUUUGAAGUUCCUCGGCCUGCCCAUGGGUUUCUAUGAGUGGUGGAUUUGCUUCCAGUACAUUGCUUUCUCGGAGUUUAUCGGACACAGCGGUCUCCGAAUCCAUGGCGGUGCGCCCUCUACUGUCAAUUGGUUGUUGGAACUUUUCGAUGCAGAGUUGGUGAUCGAAGACCAUGACCUUCAUCACCGGUAUGGAUGGAGAAAGAGUCACAACUAUGGCAAGCAAACUCGCCUUUGGGAUAGAAUAUUUGGGACUUGUCUUGAUCGUAUCGAGAGCGUCAAGGACAACGUUGAUUACACAGAUCGUGUCGCUAUGCCCCUAAUUUGA